AUAUUGUCAGCAUCAAUGGAAUCUCAAAAGUUACCAAAAAAUACUCCAGAGCAUGUGGAAUUCAGUCCGAACAUGCGCAUGUUCAUCAGUACCUUCAAGUCAAUGAGGGAUCUCCCUUCUGAUCUCUGGGCUGAAGCAGUCUGCACCGCAAUUACAAACUUCAGUCAUGACGCUCCACCUAGAUGCAACAUAAAGCUAGAGGGGUCGAAACUCAACCACUUUGCCUUUGUCAAUGAGUUACUAAGCUGUACUUUGGAUCAGAAGAACGCAUAUUUAAACAAGACAACAACUGACCAAAGAUCACUAGUGAUAGAUAAACCAUGCUCAUUACCUACAAAAGAUCUCAAUGUUGCAUGCUCUCGCUUGGAUGUGCAGGACACUGAGAGUAAGCCUACUGGAUAUUUGGAUCAAAAACCAGUCAAAGAGAUCCAAUCUAAAAGUAAAUUAGAGAGCAAAAAAUCACCAAAAUCUCAGGAAAUACCUGAAAGUAAGCAAAUUCAUUGCUCUGAUAGCAGCACUGAGCAAGAAAACUGAAGUCGGGAACAAUCUUUGAAAGGAAGUCAUGCAUCCAAUGAGAAGGAAGAAUCUCAGACUGAAAAGCAGUCUGCUCAAGGCCAAGAGCAAUGACCACCAAGAACACAAACAAAAAUUGAUCCCAUUGAAUUUACUUUUGGACAGAAAAUGAGUAAUACAUUUGAAAAAAGUGCUGGAAAUCAUGUGCCUAGAGAGCAUGUGCUUGAAAACCUUGACUUCUUAAGUAAAGCUCCUUUGACUAACUUCACUUAUGCAGUACCAACUGCCUUCCAGAUCAUCAGAGAAUCCACUUCGAAGCAAGUUUUAUCUAAUUGUUUAGCAUAUCAUUUAAAUGUUUGCUAUGAGAAGACAAUUCUCAGAGCAAUCUAGGAGUUUCCACAAGACAAGCCAGCCUUAAGAAAUAAAUUUAGAAAAGUAUUCACAACAUCUCAUUGGGAAGUUCUCCUCGAUCAUCUUCAUCAUCAUAAAGAGAUCCAGAAGUUCCAAUGCCCCAUUUGAGAAAAGAACAUCGAGCAUAAGAGCUACCUCAUCGACCACAUCCGUUUUCACUGGAAAGAAAAGCCUUACAAAUGCACAUUCAACGGCUGCAACUUCGGAACAACCAUCAAAGGCGCCUGGAACACCCACUCCAAAACCCACCCAAACCCCCCUUCCUCCCCCUCCAAAAUCAAAUUCCCGUUCAACAUCCGCCAAAUCACCCGUGACUACCUCCUCAAAUCCUACUACCUCAAAGAAAUCCACCAAAAUCUCCCCGACCCCACUUUCAAAUCAGUCAUGGGUCAGUCCUUCAGCACCUAUGUAAAGACAGGUCAAGAAGUUACUCCUAAAAAGGAGGGGUCUUCGUGUAGGAAGAAGUAACAUUUUUGUUGUGAUAAGUGUGAAUACAUAGAUUA